AUGGAUAACAUCAGUAAUCGUGCGGUUAUCCGCUACCUCGGUCUCCAGGGCUUGACACCCAAGGAGAUCCAUGAAGACAUGGUGGUUACACUAGGGGAGGAUGCCCCUUUAUACAGCAUGGUGAAGAAGUGGGCUGCUGAAUUCAAACGUAGCAGAGAGCGUCUGGAAGACGACCCCCGUCCGGGAAGGCCAAUGACCGUCAGCACACAGGAUACCAUUGCCAAGAUUCAUGAGAUCAUCAUGGCAGACAGACGAGUAAUGGAGCGUUACAUUGGGUAUCUCCCAGGAAGGCGUCCAUGCAGUUAUCCACAACGAAAUUCAAAUGUCCAAGAGACGAAGCAACAAUCGAAGCAGUGGAAUCACUCAGGUUCUCCGCCUCCCAAGAAAGCCAAGACUGUGAUAAUGAUGGCCUCCUUUUUCUGGGAUGCAGAAGGAGUGCUCGUGGUGGACUACCUAGACAAGGCUUUGGUUGACACUUUGACACUGGUGACACCAAGCAUGCAGCUGCACUAG